GCGAGUCCUUAUCUGGUCUCCAACGGCAGACUGACUCGUCUUCUCCACGGCGACGGCCUCCGCCCCCCCGCCUCCCGCCCUAUCCGUGCGUUCUCUCCCCGUCUCCGCUAGUAGUAUGGUCAUGCUACUCUGAUUUCCUUCCGCCGUCUCUUUCUGUCUCUGUUUCUUGAUCUUGGGGAUCUUGGAUCUCAAAUAAGAUCUAGCGGUGGUCCCAACUUCCUACUUCCUUCUACUCCUUACUUCCUUUCAGACUCUUGCUUGUAUUGCUGCUGUUUCGCGUUCUGAAGUCCGAACCUGAGGGGAAAAGAAUAGAAGGGUUGAAAGAAAGACAGCAAGGAAAGGGAGAAAUUGGUGCCUGGCCUGACCCACUAUCAAAGGCAAAAGGAUAAAGAAGCGAAAGGAGUGCAGCACAAGCUUCUCCUUUACGCCGUAUUCUGAGUUGUUGGUUGUUGUCGAUAGAAGAAUUCCUAACUUUCCCCUUGCCCGGAAGUCCUUCACCAAGACGUUUCAAGAUCUCUCCCUGGUCUCUAUUCUCGUCGUUUCCGUUACUCAACUCUGCAUACCUACCUCUCCAGGGACAAAUUUCGUCGCAAAAAGUGACCCAACUGAGGUAGAUUUGAGCUAAUUGAUCAGCUGAAUUUCGUGCUAUCUCCUUGGGAGAUAGGUAUUGAUACUUAGCCGAGAGGAAGUUAUGGCUUCACUUACUGACAUAGGGCUUGCUGCAGCUAUCAACAUACUAAGUGCCUUUGCAUUCUUUCUCGCAUUCGCUGUACUACGUCUGCAGCCAAUAAACGAUAGGGUUUACUUUCCUAAAUGGUAUCUUAAAGGUGUAAGAAGCAGUCCAACACAUUCUGGAACAUUUGUGAGAAAGUUUGUCAAUUUAGACUUGCGCUCCUAUUUGAGGUUCUUGGGAUGGAUGCCAGCUGCCCUCAAAAUGCCUGAACCUGAGCUAAUAGACCAUGCAGGACUUGAUUCUGCUGUUUACCUGAGGAUAUACUUGAUUGGGCUUAAAAUCUUUAUUCCUAUCGCAAUCCUGGCAUUUGCUGUGCUUGUACCAGUCAACUGGACCAAUGCCACUCUGGAGAAUUCAAAUGUAGAAUAUAGUGACAUAGACAAGCUUUCUAUAUCAAAUAUCCCUAAGAGAUCGCAGAGAUUUUGGGCCCAUUUGGUGAUGGCAUAUAUCUUUUCCUUUUGGACCUGCUAUGUAUUGCUUAAAGAGUACGAAAUUAUUGCAUCGAUGAGGUUGCAUUUUCUUGCAUCGGAGAAGCGCCGUCCAGAUCAAUUUACUGUCCUUGUACAGAAUGUGCCACCUGACCCGGAUGAGUCUGUCAGCGAGCUAGUUGAACAUUUUUUCCUUGUCAAUCAUCGUGAUCAUUAUUUAACUCAUCAGGUUGUAUAUAAUGCAAACAAACUUGCUAAGCUGGUCAAAGAGAAAAAACAAAUGCAGAAUUGGCUUGACUACUAUCAACUCAAAUAUGAUCGGAAUCCAUCUAAAAGGCCAACUGCAAAGACUGGUUUUCUUGGACUAUACGGUAAGAAGGUGGAUGCAAUAGAAUUUUACACAUCUGAGGUUGAGAGGCUAUCUAAAAAGGAGGCCACAGAGCAUGAAAAGGUUAAAAAGGACCCUAAGUCUAUUAUGCCGGUGGCAUUUGUUUCAUUUCGAACACGAUGGGGGGCAGCUGUUUGUGCUCAGACACAACAAACCCGGAAUCCAACCCUAUGGUUAACUAAGUGGGCUCCAGAACCUCGUGAUGUAUAUUGGCAGAAUCUAGCCAUUCCUUUCGUCUCCCUCACAGUUAGAAGGUUGAUUAUAGGAGUAGCAUUCUUCUUUCUUACCUUCUUCUUUAUGAUUCCAAUAGCCUUCGUGCAAUCUCUUGCUAAUAUUGAGGGGAUCGAGAAAGCUGUUCCUUUUCUAAAGCCCAUAAUUGACUUGCACAUUAUUAAGUCGUUCAUCCAAGGUUUCCUUCCUGGAAUUGCUCUGAAGAUCUUUCUUAUAUUUCUGCCAACAAUACUGAUGCUUAUGUCCAAGUUUGAAGGAUUUAUAUCCUUGUCAGCUCUAGAGAGAAGAUCUGCAUCCAAAUAUUACCUUUUCUUGCUUGUUAAUGUAUUUCUAGGGAGCAUAAUCGCCGGAACUGCAUUUCAGCAACUGCAUACCUUUAUUCAUCAGUCGGCAAAUGAAAUUCCAAAAACAAUAGGUGUAUCCAUUCCUAUGAAAGCAACUUUCUUCAUAUCCUAUAUCAUGGUUGAUGGUUGGGCUGGGAUUGCUGGGGAAAUUUUAAGAUUGAAACCUCUAAUAAUAUACCACUUGAAGAAUUUUUUCUUGGUAAAGACUGAAAAGGAUAGGGAACAAGCCAUGGAUCCAGGAAGUAUUGAAUUUGGUUCAUCUGAGCCUCAAAUACAGCUAUAUUUCUUACUUGGCCUUGUCUAUGCUGUGGUCACGCCAUUCUUACUUCCUUUCAUCAUAGUAUUUUUCGUUCUAGCAUAUGCUGUUUUCCGUCAUCAGAUCAUUAAUGUCUACAAUCAAGAAUAUGAAAGUGGGGCAGCCUUUUGGCCAGAUGUCCAUGGUCGCAUAAUCACUGCAUUAAUUAUAUCUCAGCUGCUGCUACUUGGAUUGCUAAGUACAAAAGAAGCUGCUCAGUCAACACCUUUUCUCAUUGCACUUCCUAUAUUGACCAUAUGGUUUCACAGGUUUUGCAAGAGCCGCUAUGAACCUGCUUUUGUUAAAUAUCCACUUCAGGAAGCAAUGAUGAAAGAUACAUUAGAACGUGCCAAAGAGCCAAACCUAGACUUGAAAGCAUACCUAAUAAAUGCAUACAUACACCCAGUAUUCAAAGAUGGGGAGGAGGACGACAGUUUUGCAGUUGGCGAUGAGCGAGAGUAUGACAAUGUGCUGGUACCCACCAAGCGGCAGUCUCGUAGGAGUACACCAGCGCAUAGUAAAUACAAUGGUUCAUCAUCACCGUCCCUGCCUGAUGCUAUCCAGGAACAACUAUAGCAUAGCUUAGCGUUAUAUACCAUUGUGAUAUAUUAUCUUGUACAUUAAUACCACAAUGGAAAGUGGCAUGGGUGAAAUGGCCAGCCUCGCAUGUGCAUUAGCCUGUUCUCCUUUGAGCAAAAAUAUAUGGGUGCUGUAUAUCUUCGUCCGGCGUUAUGUAAAGUCUAGCUUCAGUUCCACGUUGUGGAACAGCGCUGAAAUGGGUCAAAUUGAAAGGCAUCACCAAAAAUGUAACUGUUAUUUGCAAUCAAAUUACAAGCUUAUUGUGUGAUAUGAUGGUUCAGUUGCGUGGUUCAUAUUUA